AUGCGCAAAGAACAUGUUAAGGAACUGUUUUUGGUUGUGGACGAUCCUCUAAGGAGCAUUAAUGCCUCAAUUGUUGAGGGUGGUGAGGUGCACACAGCCGAGGGUCGUGCAAAAGAAUCGCCAGGUUUCGACUCAUCGCCUAUGCCAUUCGUGAAAGCUUUGUAG